AUGGUGACGGUGGCCGAGGCGGUCCCGGCGAUUGAAAGCCGUGGCGGGAGCAGUUCCGCGUCCUCCCGGUUUCCCCGGGAGCUGCGCCUCGCCUGCCCGGUGACCUGGCUGGGGAGGCUCCCCGGCGCCCGGACUCCGCCGCGAAGGUACGGUUUCCGCGCCUGGGGCCCGGGAUCCCGGGACCAGCACACAGAUGCCCCGCUUCCCGCUCCGACCCCCGGCGCGGCGGGCCGGGACUCCAAGUGGGUCUUCGGAGGAAUCGGGGGGAUCCUUGGCCCCCCGUUGGACGGGGCGAAGCUGGCCGUCAGCACUGUGACUUGCUGGUGA